AGUUUUUUUACUCAGUACCUGAUGAUUAAUACCUAAUAUUUACUAAAUUUCAACUAUUAUUCGUUCAAGUUAAUCUUAUUUGAUUUAUAAUGUAGUUUAUUAUUUAUUUAAUCUUUUGAUUGCUUUAAUUUUGACUGAUUGAUAAACUAUGCAAAUAAAUUAUUUGAAACUUUUAUUUCUUGAACAAAGUCAAGUGCUCAGCGAUAUAGAUAUCCAAAGCAAGCAAAAUUAAACUGGACAAAUCCUAAAUCGAGAAGAAAUGUUUCGUUUUCUGAUGCGAUGGAUGGCGGCCCCCCACAGGAACUCGUCUCUCUCUCUCUCUCUCUCUCUCUCUAUAACAAUGUGCAAUAAUUUCAAGGUCGACCCGUCUCCUCCCUCGGGUUAAAAUAAAACUGCGCCGCUCGAAAUCGAAUAUUUUUCCGAAUUUGAGAAGCGAUUUUAUUUUAUAUUACACAAUUAUGCAAGCCCACGCCGAGUAAACUUGAUAUUGCUGCAUACAUAUUAGAGGUGGCACAUGACGUGCUCGACAACCUGUUGAAUUAAGAUUAAUAAAAAAGAAACUUAUAUUUAAUCAGCACUUUUGCGCGAAGCAAAAUUACUCAUGCGCCAGUUCGAUUACCGAGAAAUAGAUACGUUUUCAGGUAAAGAAGGUAGGAUAUGGAUCGAAAAUUUGAACAUACAAGAUAUACAAUUUCUUUCUUCUUCAAUUUUUUUUUUCAAUUUUUUCCCGGUACGCGACGGUGCGACCGGAGCACGCAUGUAAGCGACAUGUGCACGCACUUGUAUUACGCGUCAGCGUCGUCGACUCUUAUAAACUUUGUUAUCUCUCUCGCCGGCUUCUUCGUAAUAUUUAGGCCAAUUACGCGAGAGGCAUCAAUCAAACUAUAUUAUUUAAAAAAGACAGACGCAGAGGUAAACCGUUUUAUAUAAAAUGAAAAUAAUGAAGAAAAAAAAAAAGAAAUCAUAGCCGAUCACGCGCCGCAUUCGACGCUCUCGAUAACCGCCUCAUUGCAUCAUAAAUUACAAUAAACAUAUAUACGUAUAUAAAGUCAGCCACGAGCGCAGACAGACACACACGAAAACGAAAGUAAAACCCAUCGUGUGUCAGAUCAUUAAUGCGUGAUUCUUCUUUGUCAUUUUUCAUGAACACGCGACCGCCACAUGGGGGGCACUCCACGCGCACGAGGUGGGUUCGAGAACGAGCUCGAGACGCUACGUCGUCGCAGCGACUCCAACGAAGCAACGAAGAGAUGACGACGUCACAUCGUGUGCUGCACAUUAGUAUAUUCGAGUUGGAUCGGCAUCUUGUAUUUGCCUAUAAAAUCAAGGACGACGACGAAAGGAUGGAUGGAUGGGGAAUGGAUCAUCAAGAGAGAGAGAAAAAGAAAUUAAAUACCGGCAAUUUUCUCUCGGCCAAUCAUUAUGCUAUGCCUAUGAAUGCGGCUAGAAAAGAUCAUUUCCAUAGCGCACACACAUAUACACAUAAUUCGUUCGUCCUAAAAGACUCCGCGUAGAUUCGUGUCGAGGACCGAUCGAAUAAUUACGCCUCAUAACAUUGUAUCAUACGCGCGAUAGAUAAAAAAAAUGUCGAGUUUAUUAACGAUCGAUAUAUUCGAGACGCGGUGCUCGUGUCGCGGCGCGUCGAUUACACAAACACAUUAUUCUCCCGGUUUUUUUAUUUUUUGUUCUCCUCUUCUUUAUUUUAUAUAUUACGGGAUCGUUUAAUAUAAUGAAAAAUUCAUCGACGCGUUAAAGACGUCAUUAACGAUUUAUUAUGUAUACGUAUAUAAGAGCGGAUCGGUUGUUGCUCUCGUGCUAUUUCGCAAUAUGGGUAGAAUCGUGUCCGACUUUUUUGUUGAAAAAAAAAAAGAAAAGAGCGCAGUAGCAGAAAAAAACCAUUAUCAGAUUCCCAAGUCCCCCCGCACACGUGUGUUGUUUCGUUUCGAUACGCGGCGAUCGUCAUACCGUACAUUACAUACAACAGAAAUUAUCUUCGGUUAAACCACGUCCUUCGUUCUGUUUUAUAAUAUUAUUAAGUAUGUACACAGACAUACCACAGAUACUACACGAGCGAAGCUACGGUAGUUAGCUCGAGAUAUGCGUGCCUCGUUGUAUCUGUUGCUGCUGCUGCUGCGCGCGCGCGCUUAUAGAUCUCCGAUAUAUAUAACGUAAAUUGUACAUGCGCGGCGCGCGGCGCGUGGUCGGCUGCGAUUCGUUAUAAAUGAAGCCGUCCGCACUUCAAACGCGUCCAGACGCACUUUAACGGUGAUACGCGCCGGUUUAUUGUGACAGGUAGAGCCGAGCCGAUCUUCCCCCCCGGCGAAACUCGAUACCCAAACGCGAGUGUUCGGUAUUAUUAGUUUUUUUUUUCAAUUUUCAAAUUAAUUUUAAAUUACGUCGCGUUCGCGCACACACACAAAUAUACACAAAUACACACACACACGCAUCAACAUGCCGGAAACUCUACAAAUCGAGGGUUCGACCACUACGACUACUAUUACGCCAUCGUCGAUCGUCAGUGAGAAAAUGGAACUGACCAAGAACUCGAGCCAAUCAUCGUUCGGCUACGAGACCGACGACAAGUCCCUUUAUACCGAGGACCAAGACAGCAGCGAUUGCUCAUCCGACAUGGACAGCGGCCACGGCGAGGACUGGCCCGAGAUGCGCUACAGCACUCUCAUACAGCCCGCGAUCCACGAAAAAUUCAUCAGGGAUGCCAUGGAGCUGAUACUCAAGGAGGCAGUGCUUGGGGGCACGUCUCGCGACAACAAAGUGGUCGAGUGGACCGACCCCGAGGAGCUCCCGAAGAAGAUCGACCUCGCGCUGCGCCAGCACGGCGAGUCGCACACGAAGCUCCUGGAGCUGCUGCACCUCGUCACGCGCUACAGCGUCAAGACGGGCCAUCCUCGCUUCGUCAAUCAGCUCUACUCGUCGGUGGAUCCGUACGGCCUCGUCGGCCAGUGGCUCACCGACGCCCUCAAUCCGUCGGUCUACACGUACGAGGUGUCGCCCGUGUUCUCGCUCAUGGAGGAGGUGGUGCUGCGCGAGAUGCGACAGAUCCUCGGCUGGCCCGACGCCGGCCGGGGCGACGGCAUCUUCUGCCCGGGCGGCUCGAUGGCCAACGGCUACGCCAUCAACAUCGCCCGGCAUCACGCCUAUCCCGAGAUCAAAGAGCAGGGAUUGAGCGCGUUGCCCAGACUCGUCGUUUUUACCUCGGAGGACGCCCACUACUCCGUGAAAAAGCUCACGGCUUUCCUCGGCAUGGGAGCCUCCAACGUAUACAGCGUCAAAGUCGACGAGGCCGGCAAGAUGCGCGUCGACGAUCUUCGCGCCCAGAUCGAGCGAGCCAUCGGCGAAGGAGCCCGACCCCUCCUGGUCUCGGCGACGGCCGGCACCACCGUCAUCGGCGCCUUCGAUCCUCUGCGCGAGAUCGCCGCCGUCUGCCAGGAGUACAAGAUCUGGCUUCACGUGGACGCGGCCUGGGGCGGUGGCGCUCUCAUGUCCCGCGCUCACAGACACCUGCUGGACGGCGUCGAGCUGGCCGACAGCUGCACCUGGAAUCCGCACAAGCUGCUGGCGGCGCCCCAGCAGUGCUCGACCCUCCUGACUCGUCACCAGGGUCUGCUGGAAUCGGCCCACGCGUCCAAGGCCGCCUAUCUCUUCCAGCCGGACAAGUUCUACGACACGAGCUACGAUUUCGGAGACAAACACGUCCAGUGCGGACGUAGGGCCGAUGUCCUGAAAUUCUGGACGAUGUGGAAGGCCAAGGGCACCGACGGUCUGGAGCGUCACAUCGAUCGGCUCUUCGAGCUGUCCAGAUACUUUACCGAUCUGAUCAGGCACAGGCCCGGAUGGCAGCUGCUUCUGGAGCCCGAGUGUACCAACGUUUGCUUCAGAUAUAUCCCAGAGUCGAAAAGACAUCUCGAGGGUGAGGAGCUCUCGGCAGCUCUUCACAAAAUUGCACCGAUCGUCAAGAGUCGCAUGGUCAAAGAAGGCUCCAUGUUGAUAACGUAUCAACCGAUCAGGGGUCAGGCCAACUUCUUCCGGCUGGUACUGCAGAACUCCGGCCUAACCGAGGACGAUAUGCUCUUCAUCGUGGAAGAGAUCGAGCGAUUAUCGAAAGACCUUUGAACAAUGACGAUAAUGACUAUAAUAAUAAAUAAAUGACACGACGAUCGUAGUAAUUCUCAUGUAAAAUAAAAAAUUAGUCAAGCGAAUUCAAUGUUUGCUGAAAGUAUUAGCUUUAUAAAAUUUUUUAUUAGUUUGUAUAGUCUCGAGAAGCCACGAUAUGCUGGCGAGUAAGCAAAAAAAAAAAAGAUGUAUAUAGAACUAAGAAGCAAUAAACUAUAAAUUAUUGACAAUGAA